GCCUGCUCCUGGGCUGAUUUCCCUUUCCUCCUCAGCUCUCAGACCGUGACCCCGGACGAAACUUGAUCCCACGCACGUGCGCACAGGUUUUUUUAUUCACCUUUUUUUCUGCGGCUGUAUCUCGGCUUGUGAAGAAGGGGUGCAGGGGGAUCCAGUGGCUUCGCAAGCAGCCACUCCAUGAAAGCUGAGCAAAAACUCCUUCAAAACUCCUCUGCAGCUUCCUCGCACACGAAGUCGCGGUCGAGAUGCUGCCGGCAGGUGCCCGACGGGAGCGGCUCCUCCCCCGGCGCUCGGCACCAGCCAGCCCGUGGGUGCCCGGGGCCGUUUGGCGCCAGGCAACAGCCCGGGGGCCGGGCUGUGUGCGCCGCCGGCCCGGCCCUGGCUCCCCGCGGCUCCCCGGGCUAAUGAUUAACCGCCCCUCGGCCAGCGCCGAGCCGCCCGUGUGCGCGCACCGCGGCCCCGCGGCUCCCGAGGCGCCGGCCGGCAGGGACCGGCUCCACUGCUGCCUCCCCGUCUCCGCUACCCCUCGGCGCUGCCGGAGCAGGGCGCGGGGCGCCGGCCAUGGAGGGCGAGGCGAACGGGACCCUCCACCCGUCCUGCGGUGCCAGCGAGCCGCCCUACUCGCGAGAGCUCCUGCACAGCCUUGACCUGGCAGGUAUAUUUCUCUUUGCAAUCCUGACUCUGAUGACGCUGAUUGCUAAUCUGGUGUUUGUGGAGGAAGUGGUCUAUAUCUAUAGAAAAAUCCCUUCUUCCAAAAGAUCAAUCUUAAUUUGGAUAAACGCCGCAGCUCCGGUGAUUGCUACUGCGUCAUGCAUUGGGAUGUGGAUUCCUCGCUCGACAAUGUUUACAGAUUUCACAGCAGCAGUAUUUUUUGCCAUAGUUAUCCACAAGUUCCUGCUGAUGAUGAUUAAAGAGUGCGGCGGUCAAAAGCUGUUCCUCAGGCGGUUUGAAAAUGGUCACUUCAAGAUCAGUACAGGCCCCUGCUGUUGCUGCUGCCUUUGCCUCCCUGGUGUGCGCAUCACUAGGCAAACCCUCCUUUGGCUGAAGUUGGGUACCUUUCAGUUUGCUUUCUUUCGACCUGUGCUCAUGUUUCUAUCAAUAGUGCUUUGGACCAAUGGCAAUUACAGCCCUUAUAAUUUAUCUCUUGAAGGAGCUGCAAUAUGGAUUAGCUGCUUCAUUGGUAUCCUUACCAUUAUUGCUCUGUGGCCAGUUGUAAUCAUGUUUCAACAAGUUAGGGCUGUCCUUAACUGUAAGAAGAUCAUCCCUAAGUUUGCUCUUUAUCAGUUUAUCCUCAUUCUGAGCCAGCUGCAGGCAGCUGUUAUCAACAUCUUGGCUAUGCAAAGAAUUAUUCCCUGUGUUCCACCACUCUCCUCUUCAGCAAGAGGAGCAUAUAUGAUCCAACAGCUUCUCAUCAUGGAGAUGUUUCUGAUAACCCUAAUCUCAAGGGUGGUAUAUCGGAGAAGAUACGAUGAUCUAGAACCUCCAGAGUGUACCCCUGAAGAAGGCGGGGACAACAAGCAGACUCCUAAGAUAAUCCUAAAUGGAAUGGUCUGCAGUAUUGGUAUCUUAUUCAUUAUGCACGCAUAAUACUGAUCAAAUGGUGAAGGACUGCCAAAUUUCUGCUGAACAGACCUGAAAAUGGCUUCUAAAGGCAAGUGUUCAGCAACCUUAGUAACAGAAAAUGGCCCAUGCUCUUCAUUCUGCUUUUCAGUGUGCCCAUCACACACUGCUUCCAGGUUCAUUAGAGAAACAUUAAAACUACAUGCAUGUGGAAAUGCUGUUAAGCAUUCGAGUGAGCCUCUUGUUUAGUAUUUGGUUGCUUAAUGAACUGUAAAGAUGAACUUGGGCCAUCAGUAAGUCUGUUCUUAUCCAUAUCCACACUUAAUCUUUCAAAGCUAAUCUAUCUCACAACACACCUGUCGACCUGAGUGAUCGUGCACGUGGAGGCAGUAAGACAUGUUGUUGGGUCUUUGCACAGGAUCCAUUUUUGUCCUGAAGCACAGGAUUUUAUUACUUCUGUUAUCUCAAAGCAAACAUUUACAUGCAAACACUGAACCAAAAGUUUUCUCCCACCAAAGAAGCUCUCAGGCUACGCUUUCCUACUGAUCAUCAGAAUACUUUGCAAAAUGAGAUGAAUAAUAUGCUUAGUAGGUGGAAUAUUUAAAGAAAUAAUUUGUCUGUUGCUCUUGUUAAAUUAUAGUAUUUCCCAGCCAUCUUCUUCUAGAAAGCUCUGUGCAGACACCCAUGCAAUUUUGCCAAAUGAUUCUCCUAGAAAAGCCGUCAGCCACUAACAGCAGGCCUUCAGGCCAAAAUUGAAGCCUACUGCAUUUACUAAGAUCGAAUGCAUGGAUAUACCAAACGAACAUAAUGUAUUUUCUUUCUCCUUGGACUAGAUAUAUAAAGAAUAGAAAUGUUGUGGGAUUCUUAUCUGGCAUUGAUCUUGAGUCCCAUCAUAGGCAUAGCCCUCAGCAACUACAUUUACAUUUUGAUGUGAUUCCCUGCUGUUAAAAGGAAUUGGAAACUAGGAUUAUGAUGUGAGAAAAGCUGUACAAUACAGACGAGAAAAGCUUAUCUAAAAAUUAGUUCUAUUAUAAGUCCAACAAGGCUUUCUAAUCUAGACUAGUCUACAAGAUACAGUUUGCAAGCUAUACAGAAAAUCAAACAAAGUAUGUCUCGCUGUUUACUCUACACUGAAGGGAAAUGCCAGAGUCCAGUGAAAAGCAGUAUCAGCAAAAGGUGCAAAAGUAUAUUUGAAGUUCAAAAUGUCACAAACAGGUUAAGGAUCAUAUUUAACUUGUGUUACGUAACCCAGUUCAGUUUCUCUAGUGUGCACUUGCAAAUCUGCAAGACAGAACAAAUACAUGAAAACAGGAAAAAUAAAUGCUUAUUAGUCAAAUAAACACAGCAAAGUGUUUUCAAUAAAGGAACUGGGGAAACUACAAUUGUUACUUUAAACUCUCCAUGGGUUCAAGUUAAGAGGAAGAAACAAGCAAUCUCUGUGAGAAUACAUAGAGCAGAAAAGUCUGAUGAGCAAUAAGAGCUAUGGGUUAAUAAAACAUAUCAGGUUGGAUAAACCUGAUAGCCCAAAACACUGUAAUUAGAUGUCUGUUAUACAAAGGUAUUCUAGUGGAUGUAAUGUUUAUUGAUUUCAGAAUAGCACCUGAUACAAUACUGAAUUAUGAAACUUUUAACAUUCAGUGGAUAAUACAGGGGACAUAUCAUAAUGGGCUGAAAAGGAGACUGACUGAUGAAAAGGAGCAAAGCUUUGUACCACUGCAUCCUCAGUGGGCACAGCUGCUGCUGGAACAGUGACUCUCCUCAUCCCACUUUCUAGUGCCAAGAUCUGGGAGAGGAGGUAAUCAGAAAACAUACAUGCCUAAAAGUUUUUUCUUUGAGACGAAAAUGGCUGAUAAUUCAUUAAAAAAUGUGCAUUCGGACUCAGAAUCUUUUUUUCUUUUUCACAGUCUCUUGGCACAGAAGUACCCCUGGUAAGUACAGGUCAGGAACAGGAAUAAUUCUCUCAAAGAUUUUUAACAUUCAGACAGUUCCACAAGGACAAGCACAACAGCUCCUCUUCCCAGUCAUUUGUGGAGCUGCAAUUGCAUACUUCUUCGUUUAAAGAAUCCCAUGAAAUGGGCAGAUUCUCAAACAAUAAUGUUUCCGUGUUUCUAGAAAAACAGUGAUGGUUACUGGCAUUUUCAGUUCCUCACUUCAGGGUCUGCACAGAAACCAGCAACCCCCAAAGCCCCAGGUUCACAACAGCCCGCAUGGCAGAGCUGUGGAGGCUGAGGCACGAAAACCUUGGGAAAUACACUUCUCUGGUCCUCCAGCAGCCUAUUCCAUAAGAUGUCAAGCAGUGGGAGUGCCAGCACAGAUGGGAACAACUUCCUGUAUGGCAGGAGAGUAUGGCAAUUUUCAGGUGACCCUGAUAUCUUUCUGAAGAACUGAUUGCGCGGAAAACAUAUGUCCUAUACAAAAUGCAUGAAAAGUGCCUAUCUCUCCAGCUGAGAACUUUCAGAGCCAAGACAGCUCAAACCUACUCUCCUAAAUUCCAGAUUUUACUAAGUGUAUCUGGGGGAAAACUACAAGAACUUCUCCUGCUGCUGAACAUGGUAAAUUCCAUGUAGCAAGACCUGGCCCCAUUUCAUUUUUUCCCCUUGCAAGGUUCCCAGAGGCUUCAAUUGCUGCAAAAAAAUUAAAAGGUGCUAGAACGAUUUUCCCCAAAGAUAAAGGUAUCCCAGAGUGUGGUAACAUAAUAAAAUUUUGAAUUUUUCCCUAGGAGGUUCCCUAGCCAGGUGGUAUGGUUGAGUGACUGCAAGGGAAGAAAAGAAAAAAAAAAGAGAGAAAUGGAAUUUCUUUUAGGGGCCUUCCCCUCCUACUAAUGACAAAUCAGUGCUGUCCUCAUGGAAUUAGGUUGAUAAUCCCAUUUUAAUGGAUCUAGGAUCAUAGUUCAAACCCCAAAGGUGUAUUUCUCACAUAUAUCCAGCUACUUCUUCCUCAGCUGGGGUACUUGCAAGCUGUUCUUGUUUCCAGAAGAGAAGAUUAAAUGAAAAUCCUUGGCAUGAGGAUUUCCUGGAUGCUGGUUAGAUUCAGUUUUGCACAUGUUUUAAAGGCAAGUUAGCAUCUGGCUGUGUUGCUUUUGUUUGUGUAUUUGAAUGGUAAAAGUAGUAGCAAGAAAGAGUGUUAUUUUUGUGUGUGUGUGUGUGGGGGGGGGGUUCCAUGUAGUUCUUUGUCAUAUGAUCAUAGGUCUAGUUUAUUUGUUCCAGUUUUCACUCUUAUAGCACAGCUGGAACAAAGUAUCAUGGUAAUAAGGAUACUUAUCCUGGACACUUUCCAGGUUAAAGCACUGUUCCUUUCUGACAACUGCAACUUUGUUUUAUCUUAUCUUUUUUCUACUUAACUUCAGUUAAAACAGGACUCUUUAUCUAAGUGGCACUUUUAUGUGCCUACUGGAAGAAAAAAACACCUGUGACAUGACUGUACCCCAAGUGGGGUACAGAACUCUGUUUAUACCUUUGUGGACCUGACAGGGCAUUCAGACAAACCCGGAGGCUGGCUUCUGCUAGAUUCCUUGUCCUCCUGCCCCGCAAAACGCAUUUGAGAAAGAAGCAGACAAGAAAGUCUUUGAUGGGUAAAGAAAUAAAGAAAAACUCACAUGAAGGAAAAGGGAAAAGUGAGGCUAAUGGUGUAGUGUUAAAUAAGAGUGAGUAGACUCAUACCCUUAAAGUGAGCUUUUCUCACUAGACUGAAAGAAGUGGGUAAACUCUUUUUCUGUGCAUUUACUUACGUUGCAAGGAUUUUUAUCUCCUGCAUCCCCUAAGUAAUUUCAAAAUAAAAUCACCUAUUCUCUUGUCUCCAGAGACGGAACUUCUAUGGCGUAUUAAAGAGUAAUGUAGCUCUGUCCAUUAACAUUGCCAAGUGAAGGACACAGAUGGUGUCACCUGGCAGAGAGCUUUGACGUCACCAUCCUGGUGGCAGCCAGCCCUACUUACUCUAAUGCAAAUUACUAAGAGUAGCUACGUAAUUAAUGGAGUAAUGGAGUUCAUAUUCUAAAAGACGCUAAUAACUCUGAGCCAGCUAAUUAUAACUGCUUUCACAAGCCAUGGUCUUUUUAUUACAAAGAGAAUAAAAACUUUCUUUAGUUUCCUAAUUCUUAGAUUUGUUGAAUAUAAUUUUUGGUAGUCCCUGAUUGCUGAACUUUACCCGUGGAUUAGAUAGGAUGAGGAACUGAAUGCAAUGACUACUGGCUUUUGCUAGUAAAGAAAGUUGGUAAAGAAACAUUGUUUUCUCAGGUGGUAGACAUGAACAGCUGCAAAUGUAGACUAUGAAAGUAAUAGAAUCUAAUACUACAUGUGCCUUUCCAAAUGUAACUGCAAUAUUUACUUUAAACUCAUGCCUUUGAGUGCUGUCAAUCUUCUGAUCAUUAUGGAUAAGCCUUACCAAACUUGCCCAUCUGAGUACAUAAACACUAGGAAAAGACAAAUUACUAAAAAAUAAAAACAAGUCUUUUUCGGAAGUUUAGGAAAGCUUCAUUAAGAACCCUUAUCCCUGUCUAUAUUCCCAGUGUGCCUUUACACGAUCCACUACCUUAAUCUAGCCUUCAAAGCUUAUAAUGGCAAGUGGGAAAGUACAGCAGGAUUAUUGAGAAAAAUUAGCACUAUGAACAGAAGUAAUUUGUAUGAAACAUCAUACUAUACUAUCCCAGUUUUUCUGUUCUGUGCUGUUUUUUUCUGUCAUUUUGUAAAAUGUACUUUGGGACUGUAAUUCUCUGUGUGAAUUUCCCCAAAAUAACUGUUAUUGGUUACUGUUAUUGUUAGCUUUUCAACUGUAUUAUACCCACUCUCAAUGAGUGCUUCUGAACUUUAAGAUACAGGGGUUACAAGAACUUCAAUACAGCUUUUUUCAGUUAAAAAGUACUAUGAAUUCCGCAAAGUCAGUGUGUCUGGAAUACACUAAUAACCAUGUUUUCUUGGUUUAUAGUUUAACAUUCCUUUUCUCUCCUCUGACAUCCCUACAAUGAAGUUUAUUAUGCCGAAUGCCCUGCUGCUUGUUUAUAGAACUACGAAGUGUUCUGCACUGAAGAAAAACAAGCUUUGUUAAGGAGAUUACGGCUCUGGAGUUUUAACAAUCUGAAAUGUUCACUGAGAAUAAAUCUUAAUUGGACAAAACAUUCAUUGCAAAAACUUUGAUCCUUGAAAGCUGAAGUACACGUAAUAUAAAGGUCCUGAAAGAACCAGAUUUGCAAAUGUAACAAACACAUGACUACCAAACUACCCAGAUGAAGUUUUGCCACCAGUUUCCACAAGAAUAGGAUGAAUGAAAAUGCUAAAAUAGCUAAAGAAGCCAUUAAAGUUUCUCCAAUGGUUAGAGUUACCUUUGAAACAAAUAGUACCUUGAAAAUUAUUCUCAGCCAAACAUGAUUUACCAUAAGAUCCUACCCAUCUGCAUGAACUUUGGUGUUGACCUCAGCGAUCAUUCAGGAAACAAAAGCUCCAAAGAAGACAUUUUAAAGAAUUUAUUUGGACAAACAAUAUGAAUGUUCUAACUAAUAACUAUGGUGAAAUUUAAACUGAAAUGUCCUCCUCUUAAAGUUGAGCUUCUUAUGUUCGCUCAAAAUAUACUCUCUAGAGCUUGCAUUACUUUCUUGGUUUUCUAAAUUUCAGGUAUGGGUGAAAGCCAGUGGUAAAACUGAACCAGUUUGUUAUCAGUUCUAUGAAUUUUCCUCUAGUUUCUCCACUACUUUCCAUCAAGUGUGUUAGUUGUUAAGUCAAAGCUUAAUUUCUAGUCAUUAUGUUACAUCAUUACUUUAUGUUCUAGAAAGGAUAUCUCAAUUUCAACAGAGAUAUUGGUGACACUGGGAGGCAAAAUAACAAUCCAGUUGCUAUGCCAGCACUCUUUUCUUCCCUUCCAAUUCACUAUAGUGUCUUGCAUGGUUAUUCACUUCUCAUUCAUUUUGUUGCGUGUGCAAGUUCUCUUGAAGAGACAAAAUCAUGAGCUUGUAUUUUAAGCCUAUUGAUCCCAGUGAUGUUUUCUAUUUAACAUGGUUUAUGCCACUAAUGUCUCUUUCUUCAGGCUGAUUGUUUAAGAACUGGGUUUAUAUGUAUGCUUGUUGCUGUCUUUCAUUGGUAAAACAAUCAUAGAUUCUGCUACGUGCA